GGACGUUAAAAACAAAUCAAAAAUAUUCAGGCCAGUCAAACCCUUGCCCUCGUGAGCCAAGAUUCUACUCUCAACAAAACUCGCCAUCGCCUCUCAGAAGAGGAUAAAUAAAAGUAGAUAAUUCCUUCGCAGUGCUUUCAAUCUUUAAUCUUCACUUGCGUGGAUUUGAUAUUCUUCUGAAGAAAAGCAAUCAACGAUCAUCGUCCUCACUGCGGAGCAAAUCGAAUCCGAUGUCAACGCCCUCCUAUCGUCGAAGCGGACAGUUGUAAGAAGAGGAAGAAAAAGUGCAUCUUAGAUCGAAGAUGGAUCCGGAGCAGACGUUUAUUAGGGUUCAGGAGAGGUUCUCACAAAUCUUAAAGCCUAGGGUUAGGGAUUUCCUAGAGUAUACGUUUCUCUUCGUUGCCAUCACUUUGUUCUGCAUCCUCGUUGUUAUGCACGCCAAUUAUGUUCAGCAGCCUGGUUGUUCAAGUGAGCUGACUGGAGUUGAGUUAUCUGAAGCAGAGCUUUUACAUAUCAAGAUAACAAGCGCGGGGUUAUGGUCACGUAGUGAUGAAAGUACCGCUGCAGAUGUUCCUCAAGUUAAAGCUGCAGGUGACAAUUUACAAGUCUCAAAGACUGAUCAAGAAAGCUGUACCAGCGAAGAGAAUGCUGAUAAUACAUUUGUCAAAACUGACAAGGAAGAGCCCCGGAGUAGUUUCUCCGCGUCUGCAAAAGAGACUGUCAGAGCAGCUGUUCUUCGCUUUCCCAAAAAGUUUUAUAGGCGCAUAUCUUUCGUUUUACAGCACACAGCACGGAUCCUCAGAGGUGUUAGAAAAAUAUGGAACAUUAUCGGCAUACCACUGAAUCUUGAUCUGCCCAAAUUGUUACAUGUGCUGUAUAUGGAUAGGGUCAACUACUAUGCAGUUCAAUGGCUUGAGAGAAGAACUCAAGAGUUUGAGCCGACAUAUCUAUAUACUAUGGAAAAGGGCUACUUUUUGCUGCCUGAUGAAGCAAAGUCACGGCAUAACAUUCGCACUGCAAAUGUAAGCAUAUCAGCACGACAUCCGUGCUUUGGCAACAGGUGGCAGCAACUUACUAUAAACAGAGUUGUAGGAUAUGAUACAAUUAUAAUGAAUAGCUUACAAAACUCUGCUGGUCAAGGUUAUCUAUACAACUUCCAGACAAGAGAGUUUUACAAUCUUAGUUACUCCCAAGAACUUUCUGAAGGUUCUUCGCAAUUUGGAGAUUACUUGGUGACGAAAUGUGGUGUGCUUAUGAUGUCACUUUUUGUGUUUUUCACAACCACAAUGUCUGUCUCAUUCACUUUGCGAGAGACACAAACUCGCAUGUUGAAGUUCACUGUGCAGCUUCAACACCAUGCUCAGCACCAGUUACCAACGUUUCAGUUGAUCUUUGUGCACGUGAUUGAAUCCCUUGUCUUUGUACCGAUUAUGAUUGGGAUUCUAUUCUUCCUGUUUGAGUUUUACGACGAUCAGUUGUUGGCUUUCAUGGUUCUAGUUCUUGUCUGGCUAUGCGAAUUAUUCACUCUGAUAAGUGUUAGAACACCAAUAUCGAUGAAGUUCUUCCCUCGUUUCUUUUUGCUGUACUUCUUGGUGUUCCAUAUUUAUUUCUUCUCGUAUGCAUAUGGCUUUUCUUAUCUUGCCCUUAUGACAACCGCUGCAUUCAUGCAACACUUGAUGCUAUACUUCUGGAACCGUUUUGAGGUACCGGCUCUUCAGAGAUUCCUUCAAAGCCGACAGUCACACUUUCACCAACACCCAGACUUCCACAUCACUUCCUCAACAAUCCUAGCAUCAACUCUUCACAUCACAAGGCUGAACAGAAACCGAUCUUCAUCUGGUCCAAACAACACUACCUUAAACCAAAACACAGAAACAAGAUCUCCAGCAGCAGCAGGAGUCGAGAAUCCAAUGCAACAUCAACAUCAAGAAGUUAACACAGCAAAUACCAUUCCCGCAGUGCCUAACCCACAAGCAGGCGCGAUGAGCUCGUUGAGUUCGAUGCUACUAAGAAUUUUAGGCGGUGCUCCCACAGAAGGACUUAACUUGUUUCUGUCGAUGUUUAGAGAUGUGAGAGAUGAAGACGAAGCUCAAGUGUUUGCCGAUACUUCCCCUCAAAACCCUCAUAAUGAUACUAUUUUAGUGGACUAAAGUAUCUUCCUAUGUUUGCUGUAUAUUUUAUUUAUUUUUUUUGUUUGUGUUUUCUGUUCUUUGUUGCUUGUAGAGUCAGUAGUAGCCAGAGAAACAAGCAUUUUGAGUACAAACAUUGGUGAACAAAAAUGGUAAAAUGGGUUGGUUUAUGACA